CUGAAAAAUCAGAAAACUGCACACACUAGGAUUUUAAAAUUACAAAAAAUAAGAAAAUGCUGGGUUACUCCGUAUGUUAGACAGCAUUCUGUUUUUACGUUAAAAAAAUUCUGUCUUUAUUCACGAAAGAUUCUGCAGAUGCAGGAAAUUGUAAGCAACACACAUGAAAUCCUGGAGGAACUCAACAGGUCAAGCACCAUCUAUGGAGGGGAAUUAACAGUCAACAUUUUGGGCCAAGACUCUUCAUCGAGACCAAGGUUGGAUUCAGAUUUGCAUUGGUUGAGUGAGGUUUUAGUUUUACACAUAAGCAAAUAUCUGGUCUGGCUGAUAGACAAGAAACAAUGAAUAAAGAUAAAUAGGUCUUUAUUUUUGUAAGGCAAGUGGUAAUUAUUGGGUAUCACAGAUUAGUGGUUGAGCUCUGCUGUUCACAGUAUACAAUGAUUUUGAUGAGCGAAUCAAAAAUUCCUAUUUCUCAGUUGCUGACUAUAGAACUUGAUGCAGUUGUGAAGAGAGCUUCAAAACAAUUUGGACAAGCUGAGUGAGUGAACAGAUACAGUAUAACAUGAAUAAUGUGAAGUCCACAUAUUUUAAAGGUGAUAGUUUCCCAAACUUUUGUUGAUGUACCAAAGAACCCAGAUACCUUGUAAAUCAGUCACUGAAAGCAAACACAAGUACAGCAAGCUAUUAAAAAGGUACGUGGUCCAUUGCAAGACUGGGUGUUGUUUCUCCUGGCUGCAAAGUCAGAAUUUGGACAAGGAUAAAUAUGUUCACUCAAGGAUGUUGAACCCACAGUAUUCUUGGCCAAGCAAAUUAAUUUAUUUAAGGAGAUGGAUACAUUUCUAAAGACACAAAAAAAAUCAAGAUGCAUGGUAUGAAUAUAGUGUUAACAUAGAGGAUUAACUAUGAUCACAUUGAACAACAGCCCAGGCUUCAAGAACCAAAUUAAUAUAACUGUUUAAAUACCUCCAUGUUUUCAGAGAUACCCUAGAACUCUUAGUAAGUCCGAUGAUUACAGCACUUAAGAAGUCCAAAACUCUCUUCAGGCUGUGUUGAUAAAUUGAUUUAGAAACAAAAACACUCAAUCUUGAUUUCAAUUGCUAUGCUUAAAAGUAUUGCCUUAGCAUUAAUAGGUUGUAUUAUAAUAUAAAAGCACUGAUGGCGUUAAUCAGGGAAAAAACUUAAAGGGCCAUGAUACAUGCCACCAAUCUCUUUAAUCGUUACCUCAUGAUUUAUGCACACUCUGAAGCCUCGAUUAAUGGAAUCUAGUCUAAUGUUUCUGUUUCAGAAACUGGAGCCUGCCCGGGCCGCAACACCAUGGAGUAAGAACGCCCGGGGCGAGGGAGAUUAUUUCCGACCGCACAUGCGCACUCGGCGCUCGAGUCAUUUGGUAGGUUCAGCGCAGGGCGGGCUGCCAUUGGCUGAUGUUGCUAUGUACGUCAUGAUCAUGAGAGCAGGUGUGAUUGGACGUGGUUGAUUUUAUUGUCUGGCUCGGAGAGCAGAAUUCUGCUGAAUUGAUAUUCUUCUGAUUUUUGCAGGGCUUCAAGGUACGCGCAGCUGAUUUUACCAUGAAUUCAACUGAAUUUAGAAGUUUUUUUCUCAACCCGCGCCUUUCUCGGGUUGCGGUGGUGGACAGGAGGGUCGGUAAAAGUGGCUAAAGUUGGCAGUUGAGUGUGGCCUGCCCGCCGGCUGCUGGAGCUGGUAUAUGUUACGGCAGGGUUCUGUUUCUGAGAGCUCUUGGUAACUCUAAACAGUUCGCAAGUUGGAAAUACGAUUGUGAAUCAAGUUCCCACACAGCCAAAGAUGCCUGAAAAGAUGCUGCAUGACCUGCUGAGUUCUGUUGUGACUGUGAUCGAAGUCACUGGAGAGACAUUGAAGCUGGUGAUAUAGAAGGUCUUUAUUCAGCACAAGAAGCAGGCAUCAUUCUGGAGACUUUCUCGGUAGAGGCUCACAAACGCAAAGAUGAAUCUGCGCUCUAUAUUCACAGAGGAACAGCAACGAGUAUUGCAACGUUAUUAUGACAGUGGAAUGACAAAUCAGAGUAAAAAUUGCUUUGGAUUAAUAAUACAGUGCGCUCGUGAAACAGGUUUAGAUUUUAAUGUAGUCAGGACUUGGAUUGGGAAUAAAAGACGAAAACUGAAUUCUACGAAAUACAGCUUGGAUGAUACACCGUCAACACAGGGAUCAGCAGGAAAUGGUACAGUGGGAAAAUCUGAUGCAUCUGUCAAAAACACAAGCUUUGUCUAUCCAUCCCAGUGCCAGCAAACUAUUUUAACAUCACCAUGCAGAAAUGUAAUGGUAACUGGUGUGCUUAAUUCCACUUAUUCUACAAGUAGACAAGGGUUAUCUCACCAGAAGGAUGCCCACCGGUGUGAAGUUUCUAAUCUUGCAGCCAGGCCAACUGGGCGAACCAUUUCAGAAGUAGAAUUACAACAUGUUUCUGGUCAAAGACAACCUGUCUCUAAAAACCCUACAGUUACUUUUUGUGAGAAAAUGAUUCCUGGAUCGAGACCGUUAAAUCUUCACAGUCCCACCAACACCAUAAAUACAACUAGUGCAAAAAAUUACAGUCCUGUUUAUGUUCAAACUGAAGUAAAUAGGCAGACAGCAACAGCUAAAUCAGUUGGUGCAUGGCCAAAACAGUUUAAUUCAACCAUUGCAGAGUGUCCACGGAAGCUCAGUUCUGACCCUCCUUUCUCAAGAAGUAUGUCUAGCUGUAUAUCUGAUUCAAAGAUUACAAGGAAUGCAGGGGACCCAGCUGUCAGCUCUCUCCAAAUUCGUGAUGUAUAUUCACUAGCAGGCAGUAAGCAGUCCCCCAGAAACAGAGAUCAUGCAUUUUGGAAUUCCUGUCAUAUGGAAAGUGGGUGUUUUUCCAUUGCCAUGGAAACUGGAGAUGUUGAUGAGUAUGCAAGGGAGGAGGAGCUUGCAUCAAUGAGUUCAGAGCUGAAGCAUCAUCCACGAGUUUCUGAACCAAAUACAUCAAAGGAAAUGGAGUGCACAAAUACAUCAGUCGUAACGCCAGUGAGGCACAUAAGCUCUGGAUCAGUACAGACCAAUAAUAAGGAUAUUUCUGGAAGUGUGUUCUAUUCCAGUGGCGAUUUCAGAGCACCUGGGUCAACAGUAACGUUGAACAGUAAUGUAAAUUCAUCAGAGGACUCACUGAACCCCCACUUUCCAUCAACUGGAUACCAAAGACCAACUUCCAGUCAAAGCAACUAUCAGGCGUCAGGAUCUCUUGUAUUGCCUUGUCUAACUGGAACGUCAAGGAAAAGAACACUGCAGGAUCGUACACAGUUUAGUGAGAAUGAUCUGGCUGUUCUGAAAAAGUAUUGGGAUGUGGGUAUGACCAGCCUGGGGUCAAUAUGCAGAGAAAAGAUAGAAGCAGUCGCAAUGGAGUCAAAUGUGGACUGUGAGAUUGUCAAGACAUGGAUAGGAAAUCGGCGAAGGAAGUAUCGGCAGCUGGGGAUUGAGUUACCUCCUGCACGUGGUGGACCAGCUGACUUUUCAAUUCUAUCAAAUGCAAGUUCGCCUGCAUUGUCUGAAGUCAAGGCAGAAACAACCAAGUCGCCAGAAAAUUCUGAAGAUAAUGACAAGAACAAAGAUGAUGUCAGUUUAUCUGAAGGCAUUCCAAGUGAAUUGGAACAAAGGGAGGAUGAAGACGAGGAAGAGGAAGAAGAAACUACUGAAGAGAAUGGUGAUGGAGGAAGUAUUAGUGAUGGGUCGUGCAGUAUUCCGACAUUGGAAAAAGUGAAAUUAGAAGUACUUGAUGAUGAUGCAGUUGAGAUGAGCAGUUGUGAUCGCAUAGCUGUUGAAGUUGAGCAGCUUCAAAAAUUACUGAGCUUAAAGAACGAUGAAAUGAAGUACCUUGAGAAUGAGUUGGAGAGACAAAAACAGAAAUACCUCCAUCUUCGGAAUUUCACCACAAGUUUAGUUCAUGCAGUUAAAUCAAAUGACAAAGAACAACAACAGUUCCAGGACCUCCCCGUAGGCCCCGGUGAGAGGACCCUACUCUGUGAUGUCACCACCGGCCAACCAUGCCCCGUCGUUCCGGCAGCCUGGCAGCGGCGCGUUUUCGACUCCAUUCACAACUUAGCACACCCCUCCAUCAGGACAACCGUCCGGAUGGUAGCCAACAGGUUCAUUUGGCACGGACUCUGCAAGCAGGUCAGUGAAUGUGCCAAAACAUGCAUGCACUGCCAAACAACCAAGGUGCAGCGGCACACCAAAGCCCUGCUGCAGCAGUUCCACCCCACCCGCCGGUGUUUCGACCACAUUCAUGUAGAUAUUGUGGGCCCCCUGCCACUGUCGCAAGGCGCGCGGCACCUCCUGACUGUCGUGGACCGGUUCACAAGAUGGCCAGAGGCGGUCCCGCUCACCAACACCACCUCCGAAUCUUGCGCCCGAGCACUGAUUGCCACCUGGGUAUCUCACUUUGGUGUACCGGCCCACAUUACCUCCAACAGAGGCGCCCAGUUCACCUCCAGCCUGUGGUCAGCUAUGGCCAGCCUUUUGGGGACACAGCUGCACCACACAACUGCCUAUCACCCACAGUCGAACGGACUAGUGGAGCGUUUCCACCGUCACCUGAAGUCGGCUCUCAUGGCCCGCCUCAAAGGGCCUAACUGGGUAGACGAGCUUCCCUGGGUCCUGCUCGGAAUCCGCAUGGCGCCCAAGGAGGAUCUGCACACCUUGUCAGCCGAGUUGUUGUACUGCGCGCCCCUUGUCGUCCCAGGAGAGUUCAUACCAGCCCCAAGGGGGCAAGAGGAAGAACUCGCAGUAGUCCUGGGCAGACUACACGAGAGGCUCGGUAACCUGUCUCCCAUACCCACUUCACAGCAUGGGCAGAACCUGACCUGCGUACCCAAAGACCUGCAAAACUGUAAGUUCGUUUUUGUACGACGGGGCGGACAUCGGGCACCGCUACAGCGGCCCAAUGAGGGGCUGUUUAUGGAGAUCAGAAACAACGGGUCCAUAUUCGUGCUGGACAUUGGGGGGAAAGAGGAGGUUUUCACAGUGGACCGACUCAAACCGGCCCAUGUGGACGUGGUGCAGUCGGUGAAGAUUCAAGCACCACGGCGCAGAGGCAGACCUCCCAAACAGAGUCCAACCCAGACUGUGGACAUUGGGAGGUGCAUCGCCGGUUCUGGGGGUGGGAGGGGGUUAUGUGGCGACUCACUUCCCAGCGCACUCGAACCAGCUCACAAAGCGGCGCGCGCCGGCAUUGAGGCAGGUCCCAAAGAGGGCGCCAAGCCUGCUUCACCAGCAAGGGGAAAAGCCCGCGUGCAGGACGGGACUGUGAAUACGCAUCCCCUACAGCAUUCCCGCCCGGGGAGGGCGGGAUCAGGAAGGCUUUAAAGUGAGGCUGCGAAGUUUGAAUAAACCUCUUCUGCAACUGCAGCUCACCGACUCCGUGUCGUUAUUGCAGCGCUGCAUGUAGCACACCGCUACACUAGCAUAGAUAGAAGAUUGGCUGUCUGGCAGGAGAAAAAAGAGUGGGAAUAAAGGGGGCCUUUUCUGGUUGGCUGCUGAUGACUAGCGAUAUUUUGCUUAAGCGAUAUUGGGACCGAUUCAUCUCACAUUAUAUGUCAUUGAUUUUGAUGACAAAAUUGAUUACUUUAUGGCUAAGUUUGUGGACUAUAUGAAGCUAGAUGGAGGUGCAGGUAGUGUUAAGGAAGCAGCGAGUUAGCAGAAAUACUUACAAAUUGAGAGAAUAGGUAAAGAAAUGGCAGAUGGAAUACAGUGUAGGGAAGUAUGUAUAUGGUCAUGCACUUUGUGAGAAGGAAUAAAGGCAUAGACUAUUUUCUAAUCGAGGUGAAAAUUCAAAAAUCAGAGGUGCAAAGGGACUUGGGAGUCCUUGUGCAGGAUUCCCUAAAGGUUAAUUUGCAGAUUGAGUCAGUGCUGAAGAAGGCAAAUGCAAUGUUAACAUUCAUUUCAAAAGGACAACUCUCUGCAACUUAAAUCAAUCCUGUGCAGCCACGACCCCCCCUCCCCAUACCAGUCAGUGAUGUAGCCAGUUAGAAUGCUCUUCACGGUAUAUCUGUAAGAACUUUGCAUGUGUUUGGAGACGUACCAAUUCUUCCAAACUCCCAAUAAAACAUAGCUGGUGUCACUGCAUCGAUAUGUGGGUCCAGCUUAGAUACACAGAGAUAUUGACACUUGGGAAUUUGAAAUUGCAUACUCUCUCCACUCUGAUCUCUCUGAGGACUGGUGUGUGUUCCCUCAUCUUACCCUUUCUGAUGUCCAUGAUAAUUUCAGAAGGUAAUAAAUAACAUCUAUACAGAGAGACUUGGUUUAGCUUUGUUGUGGAAACAGUUACAUUUCAACUUCUUUCAAUUGUCUCUAAUCAGCUCUCCCUCCAGUGGUUACACCUUAUGUAGAUUAUGAUAUCUUAUCAGUCUUGGCUUUUGCAGGCACCACAAUUUUAUUGAAGGAAAUGAGUGCAGUUAUCUGCAAAGGCAGCCAGUACUUUUCUCCCCUCUGGUAAAUUUCAAAAACUAAUUACAUUUUAAGGUAUCAUUGACCUGGAAUUAACAUCCAGAGUUUUUGGCAAUAUAUUUGUUUGGCAUAUUUGUAUUGUUGUAGUUCCUGGGAAACAUAACUGACUUAUUCAGUCCAAGAUACAAGAUCGUCCUUCAAAAGUAGCAUUUACAUUACACCUGCAAGGAACUUUGUCACAGAAAAGUAACAUCCAUCAUCAAGGACACCCACCAUCCGGGCCAUACUCUUUUUUUUUUGCUGCUGCCAUCAGGAAGGAGGUUGGGACCCACACCACCAGGUUCAGGAAGAAAUAUUACCCCACAACCAGCAGGCUCCUGAACUAGCGUGGAUAACUUCACUCACCUUAACACCACUGAACUGAUUCCACAAUUUAUGAACUCACUUUCAAGUACUAUUGAACUCCUGUUCUCAAUAGUAUUUAUUUUUGUAUUUGCACAAUUUGUUGUCUUUCGCACAUUGGUUGUUUGUAUGACCUUGUGUGUAGGUUUUCAUUGGUUCUGUUGUUUUUUUUUAUUUGCCAUGAAUGCCCACAAGGAAACGAAUCUCAGAUUACUGUAUGGUGACAUAUAUGUGGUCUGGUAAUAAAUGUACUUUGGACUCACAUCUAUCUUGCAUCUUAGCCCAGCCAUGCUUCCAGUCCCAAUGUAGCAUGUCCACAACUUACAAACCCUAACUUGUACAUCUUUGGAAUAUGGGAAGAAGCUGGACCACUUAGAGCAAACCAAUCUCCUAAAUUCUUUGUCCCCAAGGCUGGUGAAAGGCAGAUAGUUAGAUGCAUCUAAGAUGGAGAUGAGACUAGCAUAGACCAGCCACGAUCAUAUUGAAUGGUGGGACAGGCUCAAGGGGCAUUGUACUUCGACAAAAGUUAUGCAAUACUGGUUCAUCAUGGUUAAAGAGGAAAUUGAUUAGCUAAUCACAUAAUCACAGUCUAAAUGCAUUUAAACUCUAUUUCUUGUGGUUUCAUUUGGGUAUUUGAAUACAUGCAUAUUACCCCCUUGAUAAAAUUAAAAUAGUUUUGCUUUUUCUACCAAAGAACUGAAAGGAGGAUUUGAGAACAUACACAUUUAGUACUGAAGAUUUUGUUUAGUGAUUGUUAGCAGUUUCCUCACCAGAUUCUUGAAUUAGUCGGUUUUUAAUAACUCCCAACAUUGCUAUUUAUUCAACAAAAAUUUCCU